AUGAUUACUUCUUCAUCUUCCCAUAAUUCUGCUUCUUCAUCAUCUGAUGGGGCACCUGGAAAAUUGUCCCAGGCAUGGUUUCCUAGUGUGGCCCAGAUGGAUUACCAAGCUGGCUCUAUAAAGCCAAGAAGGUUCAAAAUGUGUGCCCUUCCAUCGCUCAAUUCUAUGAAAUGGUAA